CCAUAUGGUCCACUAAAAUAAUGGGAUUCAUUUCCUAUUACAGCUCACCCCAUCAUGUUUUAUUCCUUACUUUUUGAAAAUAAUAUUUAAAAGCAUUAAAAAUACUUGAUCUUAGCCAUAAUUUUAAUUGAGUUUAAUAGAAUCAUUAACUGCAAUUAUUAAUAGAAGACCACUGACACUAUGACAGUGCAUGUUAAAAACUAAACAUUAUAGUAUUAUAUAUUAUUUUAAAAGCCUAUUAAAACCUGAGGUUUUAGAAUUUGUAUUUGAACAGUUCAGAUAAGAUUUCAUUCUUUAAAAAAAAAAAAAAAAAACAACAUAAUUUACUGAACUGCCAGUUUAUUAGGUUCUUUGAUAUAAAAACUAAAUCAAAACCACAGCAAGGAUCAAAAAAAAAGUGUGAAGAGGGGCCACAGUCAGGUAUCUACCGCUGUCUGCUUUCUAGUGUAGACCGUAUGUGGAAAAUUCUGUGAUGUCAGAGUUUCACGUCAUAAAUAUUUUGCACAAAGUGCCAUGUGCUCAGUUUGACCAUCUGACAGUGUGGCAAGAGGAGACAUGUUAUACACAGACCUCAGACUGAAGAUGAUGAUGCUGAUGUGGAUUACAGCGAUGCUUUUUAAUAAAAUUGCAGAUUCUACACAGAGCGAGGGCGUCAAUCAACCGAACACAAUGAUCACUGCUCAUGUGGGUGAGAACGUGACUCUGCACUGCUUUCGACUGGGAGAGGAAAAUACCCAUUCCAUCGUCUGGUACAAACAAAAAGUCGGACAUGAACCUCAUGUAAUGGUCUCAGUUCAGCAUGAACCCAGUUAUGAGAAAGAAUUCAAUCCACCAAAAUUCAGUAUUGAGAAAGAAAUAAAAGAAAAAGGCUUCCAUUUGAAAAUUGCUAAUGUGGAACCAUCAGAUGAAGCCGUGUACUACUGUGGAUAUAGAAAAUUUUUUAUAAGGUUUGGAAAGGGAACAUUUUUAGCAGUGAAAGGUGAUGGAGAUGUAAAAGUGUCAGUGUUCCAGAGUGGCGUGUCGGACUUGGUUCCUGCAGGAGCGUCAGUGACUCUGCAGUGCUCGGUUCUCUCUGAGAGCAGAUCAGCAGAACUCCAAGUGCUCUGGUUCGUAGCUGCUCCACCACAAUCCCAUCCUCAAAUCAUUUACACUCAUCACAACCGCAGCCAUCAGUGUGAGAGCGGCUCUUCUACACACACCUGUGUGUACAACUUCUCCAAGAACAUCCUCAGCCUCAGUGAUACUGGAACUUACUACUGCGCUGUGGCCGUGUGUGGGAAGAUCAUUUUUGGGAACGGGACACGAGUACAGUUGGAGAGAUCUGUGGAUCCUGUAGUGAUCUACCUCGCUGUAGCUUUGGGAGUGUGUGUGGUCGUGAUCUUUGCUUUGAUCUUUGUCAUAACCUGUGGACGGAGACACUUUGAACAACGCAGGGUGAGAUGCAUACAAGGUUCUGUGACGGAAAAGACCCUCAAUCAGGACUGUGACAAUGUGGAGCUGAAUUACGCUGCCUUACAUUUCAAUGAGAGGAGAGCCAAAAGCGGACGAGUGAAGAAACAACAACCUCAAGACAUUAUAUAUUCUGAUGUGCAAGGUCUUUCUGUAACGUAGAUUUGAUCUCUAAUCUGAUUCAGUGUCAUUAGUUCUGUUAUCAGUUUCAUUUGUGUUUUUAUUAAUGAUUGUUCAGGUUGAAUUUAAACUAGAAGUCUCAAAAUCACUGAAACCCUGGAACACUGGAUCUGUCAAGGAGUGACAUGAGAAAGCAGUUUCAGUUAGGUUAGGUUCAACUUAAGAUAUUGGUUGUUUUUUGUUUGUUUGUUUGUUUUUUAAAUUAAAGGCAGUUACCCUGCCUUAUGGAUUGCUAUGAAUAUUAGAUUCAAAAAGUUAGAAAAUGUUUUUUUUUCCAGGAGCCCUCAGGUUUGUUUUCAGUGUUUCUGAAGGCAUAGCAUUAGGAUUCAGAAUAAAAUAAAUUUUAAUCCUUCUUAUUUAGGCCACGUCUACUUCCUGUAUGAGAACUGAACACAGAUACCGAUACUAUCUAGUGACUAUUAAUCUGGAAACCUAAUGUAUAUUUUUUCAUUGUCAUUGUUGUUGAAACCUUGUUUUUUCAAGUUUAUUAUUCAAAUAAGUUUUACUAAAAUAUUAGUAGCAAUUUUACUUUAUAUAUUUUCUUUACUUACUUUCUUGCCCAACAUUCUGGGUUUUUUUUUUUUUUCGGUGUUCUUUGAUGUAUUAUUAUUAUUAUUAAUUAAACAUACACUAUACGGCCAAAGGUCUGUGGACACCUGACCACACCUAUAUGUGAUUCUUCCCCAAACUGUUGCAACAAAGUUGAAAGCACACAAUUGUAAAGAAUUUCUUGGUAUGCUAUAACAUUACAUUUCCCUUCACUGGAAUCAAGGGCCCAAAUCUGUUCCAGCAUGAUGGCCCUGUGUACAAAGUGAGCUCCAUGAGACAUGAUUUGUGAAGGUAGGAGAGGAACAACUCAAAAGGCCUACACAGAACUGUAACUUCAACCUCACUGAACACCUUUGAGAUGAACUGGAACACCGACUGCACCCCAGGCCUCCUCACUUGACAUCAGUCUUGACCUCACUAAUGCUUUUGUAGGUGAAUGGACCCACAUCCCAACAGCCAAGUUCCAAAAUCUUGGGAAUGAAUGUUGAUAGCUGCUAUCAUGCAAAUAAUAGCAGGAACUAACUUAUUUUUGCAAACAUUCCACAACAUUAAUUGUAAUUAUAAAUGGUUAAAAAUCAU